AUGUAAUUGACUAUACCAUUGAGAUUGACAGAUUCACCAGGUAGAGGUAUGCCUACAACAUCAAGUCAUUCAUGCAAGGCUUAAUCAAUGAAGAGUCUAAAUGCGAGUGCUGUUUCUGCCUAUAACAUGUCCCAACAGGCCAAAUCGGACUCUAAAUCAAAUCAGCACUUUUUUGAAUCCUCAAUUAGUUUUGCAAUCGAAUUUAAUUCAACUUCUCCAAUAUAAAUACAAUGUGAAAAUUGUCAUACAUAUUGUAGUUCAGUAGUUAUUGUGGAAAGCACCAUUUACACUUAUAUAUCUACGUUAAUAAUGACUUUGAUUUGUCUUUGUUGGGUUCCUUUUGCUUUGAAGAACUAUUUUAUGAAAAUCACUCAUUCUUGUCCUGGAUGUGACAGAAUUAUAGGAUAGUAUGAUUUUUUGAAUUCUUAAUUAAAUACAAUAUAAUGA